UUGCGACUGCUUCCGGGGCGGGACGCGGCGAGCUGGGUUUACAGUCAUCUCAGCUCCCGCCAGGCCCGUAUCUCGAUGCUCCCUGUUGCAAUGAGCUUCCUUAAAAGUUUCCCGCCACCUGGCCCGGCUGAGGGGCUUCGGCAGCAGCAGCCAGAUACUGAGGCUGUGUUGGACGGGAAGGGCCUCGGCACCGGAACCCUUUACAUCGCUGAGAGCCGCCUGUCUUGGUUAGAUGGCUCUGGAUUAGGAUUCUCACUGGAAUACCCCGCCAUUAGUUUACAUGCUGUGUCCAGGGACCUAAAUGCCUAUCCGCGAGAACAUCUGUAUGUUAUGGUGAAUGCCAAAUUCGGAGAAGGACCAAAAGAAUCCGUUGGAGAUGAAGAGGAAGACAGCGAUGAUGAUAUUGAACCCAUUGCUGAAUUUAGAUUUGUGCCUAGUGAUAAAUCAGCAUUGGAAGCAAUGUUCACUGCAAUGUGUGAAUGCCAGGCUUUGCACCCAGAUCCUGAGGAUGAAGAUUCCGAUGAUUACGAAGGAGAAGAGUAUGAUGUGGAAGCACAUGAACAAGGGCAGGGGGACAUCCCUACAUUUUAUACCUAUGAAGAAGGAUUAUCCCAUUUAACAGCAGAAGGCCAAGCCACACUGGAGAGAUUAGAAGGAAUGCUUUCUCAGUCUGUGAGCAGCCAGUAUAACAUGGCUGGGGUCCGGACAGAAGACUCAAUAAGAGAUUUUGAAGAUGGAAUGGAGGUAGAUACUACACCAACAGUUGCUGGGCAGUUUGAGGAUGCAGAUGUUGAUCACUGAAAAUGACUUUAAGAUUCUACCCAUUACUGUAGGAGAGAACUUGGUGCCUCUUACGCUGUGGAGUUGGGGUUGAUGGAAAUCUUUUUUCUUCUCCAAAACUCAUCUGAACCAGCUCUUUCUUGGGACAGACUAUACUGUGACAGCAAGUUGUCACCAGCAGGAGAAACUUGUGACCUUUAUUAACAAAGGUGAAUUAACUUAACCAAGAGGGUAUUUGUAGUUUAUUGUUGGCCCCAAAACUUUCUGUAUCUAGGUACCCUCUGAGUAGGCCUAUAAUUUCUACCUUCACCGUAUGCAUCUUCUGUAAUCUAGCAGGCCUCCGUUGGUGAAAAUGUACAGGAGCUUGGAGGUGGAAGUAGACUGGAUGGGGAAGGAGAGACAGAGAUCUCAGAGAAGUCCUGGCCUCUUUGUUCAUGUUCCACAGAGGCAAAGAUCUUUUACUAAUUUGGGGGCCAGAUUAAUUCAGGCAUCUCUAGUUACUCUCUUUGGAAACAUCCCAGCCACACAUGCCACCACUAACACAGGUCUUGGACUUCUGACUAGCUUUUGCUCUUUCACCGUGUUUAUUUUAGCCUGCAGAAUUCCAGUCUGUUCUGUUAUAAUCUGUUCGGUUAUAUCCUUCAGUCUCCAACCUCUUAGGUCAGUUUCUGUAACAGAACAAGUGAAAACUGGGAUGAUGUUCUCAACGUACUUCCAAUGAGAAUUGUUUUGUCUUUGUAAUAGCUUAACAAAUAAAUCUAGGUUUUCUAUA